CGAUGCUAGCUAGCGGUGCGCCGGUUGCUCUUGUACACAUUUCCGAGAAUUCAGGUUCUUUGUAACGCUAAAAAUAGCCAGAAUGUCAGCCAAUAAUUCAUGUAAAUGGUGUUCCAAGAUCAGGGGAAGUGAUCGGGUAGGUAGUAGGCGGAACUUUCAUAGGAAAAGAUCGGCACGAUCUGCCGUCAUCAACGAUCAGAUAAACAAAUGGGUGAUGCUCAGUGGCGGUGGAUUUUUGUAUCUUUUGUCACCGCGUCACGGUCGGACAGUACCGUGGGAGGUUUGAGCUAUUUUCUCGGGGAGCGUUGAGCGGUACGCACGGUGGGUGACAAGAUCGCGGGCAUUUGCAAGAAUAAAAGUGAAAAGACAUCCAAUUUGACUGAAGACCGUUCCAGGAUUGCAUCGCCAAUCGCCAUGGAAAAGACAGUUUCGCCAACUGCUUACCAGCUCAGCCCUACGGCAGCAGUUGCCUUCCAGCCCCAUGCGCUCAUAUGGGACUUCGGCCUGGCGAGCAACGGCCGAUUCCCUCCGAGGCAACCGGCGGGGUUCCACGUGGGCCCGGCCACCGUUCGCAGCCCAACGAUGCCCGGUACCCAUGCCACGUCACCGGUUGCCAACAGUGCAUCCGACCAGCCAGCAGUCUUUACGUUCAAUGCCUGUCCGCAAGCUCUUUCAGGGAAAUUUCCCCUGAGCUGGAGCAAAGAGGAAGUGGAAGACUGGCUGAAGUGGUGCGUGCAGGAAUUCUCCCUUGGGGGAGUGGAACUGCGAAGGUUUUCCAUGAACGGCAAAGCGCUCUGCCUACUGACUAAGGAAGGAUUCCAGCAUCGGGCACCGUACGCCGGGGAUGUGCUGCACGACUUGCUGCAGAAACUGCUCAGAAAAGGCGGGAUCCACUUCUGCCAAUCAGUGCCCAGUAUGCAAAUGAAGUCCACAUCAUCAUCAGCCAAUGAGGCAAUAACCCUGGCCAGGCACCUGUGUAACGAAACUACCGCCUUAAAUGGAAAAGGAUUCCAGGAAAUCCCGGACUAUACGCAAGACGUGGCUUCUAUCCCAAGAUGCACCCCGUCUCCAAGCAGCAAGAUGCCAAGCUCCAAAUAUAACUCCGACGAGCACUCCAAUGCCCACUCCGUCAACAGAAACUAUCGGGAAAAUGAUGGGGAGGAAAACAUGCCAUUGAACCUCAAAAUAACAGAAGCUGCUAGUGAGAGCUCAAGCGAUUCUGGGAUUUCCGCAUGCAGCUCCCAGGAACUUGCUGAGGAGAGGGAAUCACACCCUGCUCAUCCCCUCUCUGCCGUUAACAUCUAUGCAUGCCACCCAGAUCGCUCAGAAGUGAGCUGCCCCACAAGGCCGUCACAAGGUCACAGGUCACCACCAGUGGAAGGUCACAGCAAGAGGUCAUCACCGGCUGAAGUUCGUGUCAGGAGGUCGUCCCUCACGGUAGAAAGCAAUUACAAGAGGGGUCCACAGUCCUACGUUGGUUAUCCCGCUUCUGACACCACGUUUUCCACUUAUCCCACUCCUGACACCGGUUCAGAUACACUCCAUGUUUCCCAUAUCCAAUCCUCUGCUGUACCUGAACAAACUGAUUAUAAGAAUAGAUGGGCUAGGUGGAAUCGAUACCCCGACGUGAGUUACUUCACAAAUUACAAAAUAAACAAAGAAGGCAAGCUUGCUGACGUUGAUGCCGCAAGACAUCAGCAGGGGGUGAAGCACGUUGUUUGGAAGGAGGAUCAUCUGAGCUUGAAGGAAGAGCGCGACCGAUCACCUGUUAGAUCUCGUACACAUGCUAAAGAAGAACAGCUCUUUAAUGGGAGUCCAGGCAUUCCGUCUCCCCGACACUCUAUCCCUGAUAACCACUCUCGUCAUUAUAACUCUCAUGGACAGAUAAUGCUAAGUGCAUGUGAGGUACCAGUUAUCAGGACAACAGAAAAGUUGCGACGUCAUUCUUCUGACAGUGCAGCUAGUCGGAGCUUAGCUGCCUAUCGCAUGGAGUCCAUCCCUGCUGCGCACCAUAAUUCAUAUGCAUGCAAAUCUCCUCAACAGAAGAGGAAUUGUGCGGGGGAUGGCUUUCCCAAAGUUCAGAGUGCUUUUUUCAGCCAGCAGUCCAGAAGAGAUUCGUUGAUGGCAUCGAGAAUAGGUAACCAGACAGAAGGAGAGGGCUCCUGCAAGCAGAAAGGAGAGUGCCGUCUUCUGUGGGAUUUUCUGGCCCAGCUGCUCAACGAUGACAGGUACACCCCUUACAUCAGCUGGGAAGAGAAGGACAAACUCAUCUUUCGCAUCGUCGACCCGACCGCCGUGGCCAAAAUGUGGGGGCGCCAGAAGAACCGCGACAACAUGACGUACGAGAAGUUGUCGCGCGCCCUUCGCUACUACUACAGGACAAAUAUUAUCGCCAAGGUGCCUGGACAGAAGCUGACGUACAGAUUUCUGCAAGAUCCAAAGGACAUUGCCAAUGCUCCUCGCUUCUCCAAAGCUAAGAAGGUGCAGACUGCAACUCAGGACGGAGCCCUAACUGCAGAUGGCGCGUCAUCAAGAGAGGGCGCCAUCACUCCAGGGAGUGUUCACUCGGACUCGUCGGACUCCGGUUCUGAAAGCACAUCCUCCGAAUCCACAGUGGUUGCCAUGCCUACGGAUGCAGUGGAAACCACUGCCAUGGAAACAGAUUUCAAGGAACAGGAAAUCGUGGAAGUUAGCAUAAAAGAAGAACCGGUUCAAACCGGCGAUUAAGGAAACUAAGGCUUGACUACAUGUAGAUAUGCCCAUGCUAUGCACAUUUGUAAUACUUUUUCUUGUACAUAUAUACAAACGUAAGAUGCUCUCAAAUUGUAUCGGGGUACGUUCCACUUACGCGAACAAUGUUAACAUUUGCCAACAUUGGCAACAUUUGAGCGCUUGGGUCUACUUGUUUGCCACCAAUGUUUGCAAUCGUUUACAGCAAAGGCGUAUGUUUUUCCUAAGUUGUUGGUUGUGUUUCCCAAAAUGGCCGACACAGACAAUGAAUGUAAUCAUUUUGUCAUGGAUGAAAUUUUCCAUUUUCCACUUUCAGUUAAAAAAAAAGAGAAGAUUUUAAAAGUUGCUGUCUAUACAGUAACACAUGUAGGAUAUAGAGUGCACCGUCAUUUUGACGAAUUUUUGUUCAACGACAUCAUUCCAUUUGAAGUUGGCACGUCCGUAUGGUUAAGCUAAGGAACGCAAACUCGUUCACGUGACUGGAACACACGUGUUAAGUGACUUAUACUUUUUACAUAAUUUACGAUUUAAUACCAAUGAGUAACACCUAAAACUUUGUUCUUAUUGGAAGAUAUGUAAUUGAUAAAAGUUCCAUUGGAUAAAAAGUUGCAUCACCCGUGCUUCUCAACAAAUUGGAUUUUUUUUCUCUCAUAAAUGUUCAAUUUCUACGUUUUCUUUUCCAACCCAAAAGUCCUAUUUUAUUUUUGUUGAGUGUCUGCAACCCUCUGGAAAAAAAUGUUCCUCAGGCAAAAAAAAAAAAUAGUCGG